ACUGGACUCGUCCUGGGAACUAUACUGGGCUUCCAACAUAUGGGCGCCCACAAAGGAGGCAGAGGUGGAUACAUUAUCAACGUGUCCUCGAUUCUGGGCCUGCAGCCGCUCUUCAGCAUGCCGGUGUACAGCGGCACCAAGUGGUUCGUCAUCGGAUUCACCAAAUCCAUGGGUUCCGAAUAUUUCCACAACUUGAGCAAGGUGAAAGUUAUGGCGGUGUGUCCCGGUGUCACGGACACAGAGAUCAUAAAGAAUGCGGGCAAAGCGACGUUGCCGACUUUCGACAAAUUGGACAAGGAGGCCGCUAAGAGUCUCGCGUCGUUGCCACCGCAAGG